UGAGAGGCCCAGGAGCUGUGGUACCUGAGGGAGGCAGAGCUCUGCACAGCGGCACCAUGUCCUGGGCUCUCAUCCUGCUAUUGCUCCUGGCCCACUGCACAGGGUGUGGCCCUCAGCAGUUGCUGGAUCAGCCGCCGUCUGUGUCCUCGUCCCUCGGAACCACAAUCCACCUGGCCUGUACCUUGAGCAGGGACCUUGACAUCAGCAUUUACAACAUCCAGUGGUACCAGCAGUGGCCCGGCCACCCUCCAAGAUUCUUGCUGAGCUAUUUCUCCCAUUCAGACAAAAUCCAGGGCCACAAGGUCCCCCCUCGCUUCUCUGGAUCCAAAGACGUGGCCAAGAACACGGGGUAUUUGAGCAUCUCUGAGCUUCAGCCUGAGGACGAGGCUGUGUAUUUCUGUGCUGCCAUGGUUGAGAGAUUGGAGCGGAAGCGGGAGAGGGAGAUGGAGAGAGAGACGAGGGAAGGAAACGAGCCUGCUGCUCCAGUGUCCCCGGCACCCUAGGAAAUGCUUGCGUUGAACUAAAGGCAGAGGGAUGGGAGUCCCUGUGGGCAGGAGGGUGGGGUCAGGGCUUCCUCUAAAUCCCCAUGGAGGCCAGAUUCGAGGAUUAAAGCUGCUUCUGCCUUGGGAA